CCAGAUUCAUUUAGCUGACUUGUGUUUGACGUUGGCGCUGUGGAUGCUGGAGAGAGAGAGAGAGAGCUGAGGCUAUUUAAAGAGGGUCAUCCAGUCACGGAGAAAUAGCAGAAGGUCCACUGCGUUGACGAACCCGCCUCUAAAUGGUUUUCAUCCUGCACUGUGUAUCUGUCUGCGGCUUCUUACUCUUUAUUAGUCCGGACUGAAGCCGACUCUCUGCUGUGACAACCAGCCGUCGACCAGACCCAUCCAGUUCCCCUCCUCUAAGGGCUUUUCUACUAUUUUUUUUUUUUGUUUUAAUUCAUAAUUCAUCUUCGGGGAUACCUUAGAUAAUGGGUAAAGACUACUACAAAACGCUGGGCAUCUCUAAAGGAGCCACAGAGGAGGAUGUAAAGAAAGCGUACAGAAAACAGGCGCUGAAAUGGCACCCGGACAAAAACAAGUCUGCAGCCGCCGAGGAGAAAUUUAAGGAAAUCGCCGAGGCUUAUGAAGUGCUCAGUGAUCCGAAGAAAAGAGAAGUUUACGAUCAGUAUGGAGAGGAAGGUCUCAAGGGAGGAAAUGGGCCCACUGCUGAUGGACAAGGCAGCACCUUCACCUACACGUUCCACGGGGACCCUCAUGCCACCUUCGCCACUUUCUUCGGGGGUUCAAACCCCUUCGAGAUGUUCUUUGGGCGUAAAGCAAACGGCCGAGACGACGAGGACAUGGACGUGGACGGAAACGACCCCUUUGGCUCCUUCACCAACUUCAACCUGAACGGAUUCCCUCGGGACGGGCACAUCGGCCCCGGGGGGCCUCAGCGCCGGAAGCAGGACCCGGCCAUCAUCCAUGAACUGAGGGUCACCCUGGAGGAGGUCUUCCACGGUUGCACCAAGAGGAUGAAAAUCUCUCGCAAAAGGCUAAAUCCAGACGGCAGGACCAUGCGCACAGAGGAUAAGAUUCUCACAAUUGAGAUCAAGCGGGGUUGGAAGGAGGGAACCAAGAUCACAUUUCCACGGGAAGGAGAUGAGUCACCAAGUACGAUUCCUGCUGACAUUGUUUUCGUCAUCAAGGAUAAGCCCCAUCCACACUUUAGGCGAGAGGGCUCGAACAUUGUCUAUCCUGUGCGUGUGAGCUUGCGACAGUCGUUGUGCGGCUGCUCGGUUACCGUGUCAACGAUAGAUGGCAAGACGUGCAACAUGAAGAUCACGGAUGUCGUCAAGCCCGGCAUGAGAAAGACUGUCAGUGGGCAGGGUCUCCCCUUGCCCAAAAACCCCGAACAGAGAGGAGAUCUGGUGGUGGAGUUUGACGUGAACUUUCCCGACACCUUACCCGGCAACGCCAAGGACGUCCUGAAACGGCAUUUACCAACCUAGGAAAAAUGAGACAACCACAUGACAAAGCUCGUUACUGAACACACCCGCACUAUCACACACACAAACACACGAGGACAGUUCUGAAAGUCCACAGAUGGACCCCCUGCUGGGGGAUGUGCAAUCUCUAUUUUUGAGCUAUGUGGUGUUUUUAUAAAUACCAUGCAUGCUGCCAGGCUGAUAUAAGUGAAAGACUGUCUGGGUUGUUCAUAACAUGUUAUGUUUGUGCGCCUUUGCUACAAUCACUUUAUCUUUUUGUUUGUGCAAAUAUUCGGUAGUGAAUGGGUCGACAGUUGCCAAAAAAAAUCUGUUAUCCUGGGGAAACAUUGCAGUGCCAGAUAAGUUAUUUUUCUUGCUUUUAUUUUAAUUUAAAAGGCUUUAUUACUGAGAUUUUUUUGCCACCUGCCAUCCAUGUUUAUUUUGUUAUGAAUAGAAAAACAGCCUCAAUUUAGAGGCUUUCUUUAAAUGUGCGUACAGGUAACUCAAGAGGAAACUGGAUGAAUGAUGUGGAUCGUCACGUGUGUA